CUUUCAAUCGUUUGUUAUAAAAACAGUAUUUCCCACUGAUUUUCUUUAUCAAUUUCUUGUUAACAAUCUAUUCAAUCAGCACAAUAAUAGUGCAUCUCUUACAAUGAACAUCGUUUAUCGCAAAACUUGUAUUUUGAUAAAUUUUCUAUUGACAUUGAAUUGUCAAAUAAUAUUUGGCCAAAAUAGAAUAAUUGGAGGAGAUGAAACAACAAUCGAAACAUUUCCAUAUAUGUUACGUCUUCAAAUAGGUAGAACAACUGGUCGUGUAAGAGGUGUUUGUGGUGCUGCAAUUAUUGGUAAAGAAUGGGGAAUCACAGCAGCACAUUGCUUUGAUAACCCAGAGACAGACUUUGAUAAAAUAAGAGUGAUAGCUGGUACUACUGACAUAAAAAAUUUAUCAAUUACUGCAAGAGAACAUAAAGUAAUUGAAGUAAUACGACAUGAACUUUAUAGUGGAGUAAACGUUGAAUCGAGUAUUGGAGCCGAUAUUGCUGUAAUUAAAGUCAGUCCACCAUUUAUUUUUAAUAAUGCAAUACAACCAGUCAAAUUACCCGAAAGUGGACAACCUUUAAAAACCAAUUUUGCCACAGUCACAGGAUGGGGAAACAUUGAACGAGGUGGACCAAGUUCGGCGAUAUUACGAUUUGUCACAUUGCCAAAGAUAAAUACUGAAACUUGUAGAAGAAAAUAUCUGGAAAGAGAUAUAAAAUUGAAACGUGGAGAACUUUGUUAUGGAGUUAAUGAUGGAAUAAAUGUUCAAGAUAAGUGUCAGGGUGAUUCAGGUGGUCCAUUGGUUAAUUCCGACUAUCAAGAUAUUGGAAUAAUUUCUUGGGGCAUUGCUUGUGGAACUGUAGGGUUUCCUGGAAUUUACACUGACAUUCAUCUUUUUCGCGACUGGAUUAAAACUAAGACAAGAAUAUAAUAAAUUAAUUACAUAUUAUAAUUAAUUAGGAAUGAUGUUAAAAUUUGUACUCCGAAGAGAAAAAACUUUCCUUUAAAAAACCGUCAAAUAAAAAAAAUCCAGUUUCAUGGUGGGACAAAAAUUGUAAUAAAAUAAAGUGACUAAGGAAAGUUAGUUAUAAAAACUGGGAAUUUUUUAAAAAUAUGGUUGAUCUUAUAGAAUAUAAAAAAUAAGUGCUUUGUCAAAAGAAACUUAUAAAAAAAGAAAAGAGGGAUUUAGCAAAUUUUCUGAAGGUAUUAAAUUUCGUACAGAUUGUAUUUAUGUUUGGAAUAAAUAUAAAAUUUUAAAAAAUAAA